AUGGUCGACGAGACAGCGCUGGCAUUGCUGGCGGCGGCCGCAGACCCGAGCAGUCAAAGGGUCGGCGUGUCCAUGACGGGGAGGUUCGAGGUGCCUUCUUUGCUGCGCGUACCUCGCGCUGGCAGUUCGAACAUCGCCCUGGCACUCGUUGUGCCUCUGCUGCUCGCCGCAUGCACUGCCCUCCCAUCGCGGCGCGCGGGCGCUGCCUGGUACCGACUUUCUCCUCUGCUCGUGGAGCGACCGCGCGACUCUGCGGAGCGUGUGCUCGUACUCUCUGGCGACAUCACACAAGCGAGGGCAUGGCCUUGA